AUGGCAGGGCAGUAUAAUGGAUUACAAGCAAAGCUUGAGGAACACUGCACCUGCGCCCUGUUCGUCCUAUGUCUGGCGCACAGCCUGAACCUCGUCGUUGGGCAGGCCGCUGGGUGUAUCAUAGAGGCGACAAGCUACUUUCAAUUGCUGCAAAAGUUGUACAGUUUCUUCGCCAGUUCUACACAUCGCUGGAACGUGUUGAAGAAGUCUCUCGGGGAAGGUACAGUGGUGAAACGACUUUCGGACACCAGGUGUUCUGCGCGCACGGAUGCUGUAUCUGCAUUGCACAAGUGUUACCCAGCAAUAAUCGACGCACUGAGGACCAUGGAUGACGAACGCGAAACUCUGGAAACGCGAAACGGAGCUCGAGGCAUUUUGGCGAUACUGGAAACGUUGGACUCUGUUCUGCUGACCGAGAUGUGGAGCAACAUUUUAGUCAGGUGCAACGAGACGUCGAAGAGUCUACAGAGUGAAAGUCUUCCUCUCGACGUAGCCCUCAAGUUGGUGGAAUCCCUGCUUGCGUUUGUGGAGGAUCAACAAGACAUGUUCGAGACCUGCAUUAUUUGA